CCGCUUGUUACGUCUAUUCCAAGCCAGUUAUUAAAAACGUCUCGGCGCGAGCGGUGCGCCGCCCUGUAAUUAUCCAGUUGAAGGUUUCGUCGCGCUACGUUGUCACCACACUCACCGGAAAUGCAAUACGUGGAUCCGCCCGCGCAACAGAUGAUGAACAUGAUGUCAGGCUACGGCUGUGGCUACGGGCGCGGUGAUGCUAUAUCGCCCGCCUCGGAUUUGUCGUCGUGCAGCAGUGCUUCUUCAGGCACCUGGUGUGCUCCGCCUGCAUGGCGCGAGCUGCCUGCCUACCCUGCUCAGUACCCUGCGUACUGGCCUCCCACCCCGGCCGCUACUGAGGAAGCUCGUGAACUUCAGCGGCGCUGUGCUAAGUGUCGUUGUCCUAACUGUUUGACUGAAGCCGCUGGUUUCGGCCCCAACUACGGCAAGGAUGGAGCUAAACGAGAACAUGUGUGUCACGUACCUGGUUGUGGAAAAGUUUACGGGAAAACUUCUCAUCUGAAGGCACAUCUCCGCUGGCACACUGGAGAACGACCUUUUGUGUGUAACUGGCUGUUCUGUGGCAAGAGAUUCACGCGCUCCGAUGAACUGCAGCGACACUUGCGCACGCACACUGGCGAGAAGAGAUUCGCAUGUCAACUGUGCACCAAACGAUUCAUGCGGUCUGACCAUUUAGCGAAACAUGUGAAAACGCACGCGAAUGUGUCGAAGAAAAGCAAGAAGACGAAAGAUGAUGAGAAAGAAGAAACGUCAAGUGUUGUGAGUGAUAAACCAGAACGUCCAGUAGAGCCGCAAGUGGCCGCUGCACCCGUGCCGGUAACUUCGGUUGGAAGUAAUAAUUACGGCACUGUGCCGGUUGCGAGUGCGCCUAAGCAGAUGUCUCUGAACUACGCAGCAGUGGCCCCGAGUAUGAUGCCGAGCGCGGCAAACUACAAUAGUGGCGCAGUGUUCGGGAGUGGGAUGAUGUCGGGCUGGUACCCAGAUGUGAGACAGGACGGCUUGUACCCUCGGCCGCCGGUCCGUGACCACAGGAUGUACCAGCAGUACCCGGCGCCCAUCAGCACGUACCAGUGUGCUACGAAGGACAAUUACGCGAUGUUCCAAGGACAUUAUAACUUGCAACCUCCUGUGGCAUUAGGACAAUAAGUGUUACUUAAAUUAAGAUUACUUGUGUAUAAUAGUUUUCUGUUGGAACGUAUUGCAUGUGCCCAUAUUAUGGUAGGUAUUAUUUAUAUCAUUUAAGUUACCGUGAAUUUAAAUGUGAUGUCUGUAAUAUAGUUGUAAACUAAGUUUUGUAAUGUAUGAAAAUCAUGU